AUGGAGACUCGAUCUGCCAAGACUGUUGAUCCACAUCUCCAAGGCUUACUGGAUCUCUGCGCGCCCUAUGAUCCAUACCAAAACAAGUACAAGAUGCCAGAAGUUCAUCCGACAGUCUGGGUUGACCAUAUUUCUUCCACGGCAUUCCAAAUAAACACGAAACAGCUCAGCGCCAUGCGGGCCAUGCAGAAUGCACUUGACAACAGGCGCAUUCCAAUGGAGUGGUUCCGGCUUUCGUACCACAGGUUGGCCCUUAUUAGCACUGCUGCAGUCCUUCUCGACCAGGAACGCAGCACCGUUGUACACCAGUUUACAGACACGGGAGGAAUUCCACGACUCGACCCUCGAGAACCCCAUCCCGCCGGAUACGAGUACUCGCUUGGAAGGCGGUGUGUGCCACCAGUAAUUGAACACAUGCUCCUGCUUGACUACGGCAUCGACAAUCGCCCACUUGAUUUACAUUGGUAUCAGUGUCCGAUACGGUCAGGCUUCAACAAGAUGUGCCACGCAAUCACAAGAUUCGCUCUCUGCUGUCGUGACGGCAAAUUCCCUACCCGCAACGAAACUGAUGCAUUCAGUUCGGCCCUAGCGUACUUCCGUUUUGAUGAGCACAUUGCCGAGCUGGCAACCACGUUGCACUGGUUCUGUACACAUCGUGGCCCGAUCAGCGACAUAGACUACCGUUGGGGCCGGACUGGUUAUAUCGGGGUAUUGCAGGAGAUGGUGUCAGACAUCCCAACUCAGGGCGUGGAUCGGCUCGAGUACAAACUGUCUAUGGACAUCAACAUUAUGAUUCCAAAAUGCGUUCGGACUGAGCAAUCAAGAGAACAAAUGUACGCCAGGGCAAGCAGCUUGGCUGCGCGGCACAACAUCUCGGUCCCUUCUUCGGUGGAAGCCCAUGAUAGGCGCUUCCACCAACAUAUACCACAGGGUGGCAGCGUCCUGGCCGUUGAAAAGGGUCAAAAAACGGCGGUCGAGGCACCACCGAGUUACGAGGAGGCAAUGAAAUCAGAAUAG